GGCGAAGUCGCGAGCGGAUGCUGCCCGCGCUGGACGACAGGCGGUCGGGGAGAAUCGGAUCAGCCCGCGCCGGAGGAGGCUCGGCCGCCGGGGGACAAGGGUAUCCCCCACCUGAAGACGAGCAGGGUUCUGAGUGAUGCUUCUGAGCUGAGUGCCCGUGACCAGCCCAAAGAGCUCCACGGCACCCCCUUUCCCGAUGGAGAAAGGACUUGCUUUGCCCCAGGACUUCCGGGACUUCCUGUACAGCCUGAAGAUGAGAAGCAAAUACGCCCUGUUCCUGGCUUUUGUGGUGGUAGUUUUUGUCUUCAUUGAAAAGGAAAAUAAAAUCAUAUCGAGGGUCUCCGACAAGCUGAAGCAGAUCCCCCAGUCCCCAGCGGAUGCCAACAGCACGGACCCAGCCCUGUUGCUGGCUGACAACGCGUCCUUUCUGUCCCUGAGCGAGCUGGAUUCGGCCUUCUCCCAGCUGCGGAGCCGCCUGCACAACCUCAGCCUGCAGCUGGGCGUGGAUCCAGACGCAGAGGCCACCAGGGAGGAGGAGGAGCACCCAUCCCAGCUGGCUGCCUCGGGGCACCGGCGCCACGUGCUGCUCAUGGCCACCACCCGCACGGGCUCCUCGUUCGUGGGUGAGUUCUUCAACCAGCAGGGCAACAUCUUCUACCUCUUCGAGCCGCUGUGGCACAUCGAGCGCACGGUGUCCUUCGAGCCGGGGGGCGCCAACGCCGCGGGCUCUGCGCUGGUGUACCGCGACGUGCUCAAGCAGCUCUUCCUGUGCGACCUGUACGUGCUGGAGCACUUCAUCAGCCCGCUGCCCGAGGACCACCUGACGCAGUUCAUGUUCCGCCGCGGCUCCAGCCGCUCGCUGUGCGAGGACCCGGUGUGCACGCCCUUCGUCAAGAAGGUCUUCGAGAAGUACCACUGCAAGAACCGCCGCUGCGGGCCCCUCAACGUCACGCUGGCCGCCGAGGCCUGUCGCCGCAAGGAGCACAUGGCGCUCAAGGCCGUGCGCAUCCGCCAGCUGGAGUUCCUGCAGCCGCUGGCCGAGGACCCGCGGCUGGACCUGCGCGUCAUCCAGCUGGUGCGCGAUCCCCGGGCCGUGCUGGCCUCCCGCAUGGUGGCCUUCGCCGGCAAGUAUGAGACCUGGAAGAAGUGGCUCGCCGAGGGCCAGGACCGGCUGAGAGAGGAGGAGGUGCAGCGGCUGCGGGGCAACUGCGAGAGCAUCCGCCUGUCGGCAGAGCUGGGCCUGCGACAGCCCGCCUGGCUGCGCGGCCGCUACAUGCUGGUGCGCUACGAGGACGUGGCGCGCAGGCCCCUGCAGAAGGCGCGCGAGAUGUACCGCUUCGCCGGCAUCCCGCUGACCCCGCAGGUGGAGGACUGGAUCCAGAAGAACACGCAGGCGGCCCGCGACGGCAGCGGCAUCUACUCCACGCAGAAGAACUCCUCCGAGCAGUUUGAGAAGUGGCGCUUCAGCAUGCCCUUCAAGCUGGCCCAGGUGGUUCAGGCCGCCUGUGGGCCCGCCAUGCGCCUCUUCGGCUACAAGCUGGCCAGGGAUGCCGACUCCCUUACCAACCGCUCCGUCAGCCUGCUGGAGGAGCGGGGCACUUUCUGGGUCACGUAGGGGGCUUGGGGCCCUCUGGACCCCUCCUUGU